AUCGGCCGCCCCGCCUCGCGACGUCAAACUGCUCCCGCUGGCUGGCUGGUUGGCUGGCUGGCCCACAUCUGGCCCCGCCGGGACACGCGUUGUGGAUAUAUAUACAUCUCAAAAUCUUUUGGGUCGCUAUGUCUGAGGUUCGGAAAUUCACCAAGAGGCUGAGCAAACCCGGGACGGCAGCGGAAGUCCGACAGAGCGUGUCUGAGGCGGUGAGGAGCUCCGUGGACCCGGUGGAGCAACCCAAGUUCAUCGAGCCUUUGGACUACGAGGCCGUGGUAUUCCAGAGAAAGGCUCAGAUCCACAGCGACCCCCAACGAGACCUGCUGCUGUGCCCCGUCGACGAUGUUUCGGAGUCCCAAAUAUCCCGACAGAGGCGAACCGUGGUUCCCUCUGUGCCCCAGAAUGCAGAGCGGGAAGCCGGGAGUCUGUUUGCCAAAAAGUGCAUCACCAUGUACAAGACCGACUGGCAUGUCAUCAACUACAAAUACGAGGCCUAUUCUGGUGACUUCCGCAUGUUACCGAGCAAAGGCCUGAAGGCAGACAAGCUAGCGGCUCACGUGUUUGAGGUCGAUGAAGAUGCCAAAGACGAGGACACGUCGUCACUGUGCUCCCUGAGGGGCGGCAUCAUGAAGCAGGGCUGGCUUCAGAAAGCCAACAUUAACAGCAGCCUGUCUGUCUCCAUGCGGGUGUUCAAGAGGAGAUACUUCGACCUGUCCCAGCUCCCAGACGGCUCCUACAUCCUCAACUCGUAUAAGGAUGAGAAGCACUGCAAGGAAACCAAAGGCUCCAUCUACCUGGACUCGUGCAUUGAUGUCAUUCAGAGCCCUAAAAUGCGGCGGAACGGCUUUGAGCUAAAGAUGCAAGAGCGCUACAGCCACUUUCUGGCGGCCGACAGCGAAGCAGAGAUGGAGGAGUGGGUGGCUACCCUCAAACAGGCCCUGCAGAACAGCAGCGAGGCCUGCCAGGAGAGGAGGAACGGAGGGGAGUCCCUGGACGGCUCCUUGGAUGAUGACACAAGCAGCCAAGGCAAAAGUGAGAGCCAGCCAGAAGGUCUGGGGAGGAACUUACAACCUGAACUCACAAAGUAUGCAAGAGAGACGGACCAGCUCAACAAGAUGAACCGGAACGAAGGCAGGCAAAAACUUUUUUCCCUGGACCCUGAGACACAGAGGCUGGACUUCUCCGGCAUCGAGCCGGACGUCAAGCCGUUUGAGGAGCGCUUCGGUCGCCGCGUUGUGGUCGGCUGCCACGAUCUCACCUUCAGUCUCCAGGGCUGCGUUAGCGAAAAGGGCGACGGCGUCCUCACCAAUGUGGAGCCCUUCUUCAUAAGCCUGGCUCUUUUUGACAUUUCCAAGAACUGUAAGAUCUCUGCCGACUUCCACGUGGACCUCAACCCGCCUUGUGUGAAGGAGAUGUUGAGCGACACCGCCGGCCAGCUCUCGCCUUGCUCGGAUUCGGAAGGAGGCAGCGGAGGAGGAGGCAGGCCUUUCAUGAGCUGCGACUCGGGAAGGGGCGACUGCCUGCCUGUUCUUCAGAGAGUGUCGGAGGCACUGUUGCGUUUCCCGACACAGGCAAUUUUUUCAGUAACCCACCCCCAUGCUGAUAUCUUUCUGGUGGCCCGUGUGGAGAAGGUGUUACAAAAUGGCAUCACCAAUUGUGCCGAGCCGUACAUAAAGACUUCUGACAUCAACAAGACCGCUCAGAAGGUCCUGAAGGCGGCUAAACAGACAUGCCAACGCCUGGGCCAGUACAGGAUGCCCUUUGUUUGGGCUGCAAAGCAGGUGUUCAAGGACGCUCAGGGCAGUCUUGACAUGGACGGCAAGUUUUCGCCACUUUACCGCCAGGACAGUGGAAAAAUCUCCACAAAUGACAUCAUCAAGCUCUUGGCUGACACCAGGAAACCCGACAAGAGCAAGCUUCAGACAAUCCCCGGACAGCUGAACGUCACCAUUGAGUGCGUCCCACCGGACUUUUCAAACACGGUGACGUCCGCUUACAUUCCCGUGAAGCCCUUCGAAGACAGCUGCGAGCGUGUCUCGGUGGAAGUGGAGGAGUUCCUGCCUGAGGAGGCCAAGUACAACUACCCCUUCACCACCUACAAGAACCAACUCUACGUCUACCCUCUGCAACUCAAAUACGACAACCAGAAAAGCUUCACCAAGGCGAGAAACGUCGCCAUCUGCGUGCAGUUCCGGGAUUCAGAUGAAGAGGGCGCAACCCCCUUGAAGUGCAUCUACGGAAAACCAGGGGACUCUCUCUUCACCAGCAGCGCUUAUGCUGCUGUCCUGCACCACAACCAAAGUCCAGAAUUCUACGAUGAGGUCAAGAUGGAGUUACCUGUCCAUUUGCACGAGAAGCACCACAUCCUCUUCACCUUUUACCAUAUCAGCUGUGAAUCCAGCAGUAAGAAAAGAGAGGCUGUGGAGUCUCUGGUCGGCCACUCCUGGUUGCCUCUGCUGAAAGACGGCAGGAUGCAGUCCACAGAACUCCAGUUACCUGUCGCUGCGACCCUGCCCGCCGGCUAUCUGGGUCAGGACACCAGAAAGUCCCAUCCAGAUAUCAAGUGGGUGGAAAAUGCAAAACCACUAUUCAAAAUGAGAAGCCGAGUUGUCUCGACGAUAUACGCUCAGGACCUUCAUCUCCACAAAUUCUUUCUGCACUGCCAACUCAUGAAGAGCACCUCAGAGGACAACCGGGCGGAGCUUAUCAAAUACCUAAAGUGCCUACACGCCAUGGAGACGCACGUUAUGGUCCACUUCCUGCCUACUGUGCUCAUGCAGCUCUUUGAAGUUCUCUCAGCAGCCGCCAAGGAAGGCCAAGAAAUUGCUGUCAACUCUCUCCGCGUCAUCAUACAUAUCGUAUCCAGGUGUCACGAGGAAGGCCUGGAAAACUACCUGCGCUCUUUCGUGAAGUACGUGCUCGCCCCCGGGAGUGCGCCAUAUUGCCACGAGGUGCUGGCCACGGCGGUCACCGCCGUUCUUAAGCAGACGGCAGAUUUUAACACCAGCAACAAACUGCUCAAGUAUUCUUGGUUCUUCUUUGAAACGAUGGCUAAGUCAAUGGCCCAGUACCUGCAAGAGGACCAGCGAAUGAAGAUGCCCCGAGCCCAGCGCUUCCCGGACACUUUCCACCAGGCGCUGCAAUCCCUGGUGCUGUCCAUCAUGCCUCACAUCACGAUCCGCCACACGGAGAUCCCCGAGGAAGCCCGUUGCGUCAACCUGAGCUUGGCCAAUUUGAUCAAGAGGUGUCUGACCUUCAUGAACCGGGGAUUUGCUUUUGGUUUGAUCAACCACUACAUGUGCCACUUCAGCUUCAAGGAUCCCAAGGUGCUGACGGAAAUGAAGUUUGACUUUCUGACGGCGGUGUGCAACCACGAGCACUUCAUCCCACUCAACCUGCCCAUGGCCUUUGGGCGCACCAAGCUGCAGAGGGUGCAAGAUUUUAUUCCGUAUGCGACGGAGCUUUUUGGCCCUGUAGAUCAGAGUCUGGAGUUCAGCCUGACCGAGGAGUACUGCCGCAACCACUUCCUGGUGGGCCUGCUCCUCCGAGACGUGGCUGCGGCCCUGCAGCUGGGACCCGAGGUCCGGCAACUGUCCGUCGGCACGCUCAAGAACCUGCUCAUCAAACACGCCAUGGACGAUCGCUACACGGCCUUCAAGAACCAGCAAGCCAGGAUCUGCUUGCUCUACCUGCCGCUGUUUGAGUUGCUUUUCCAAAACCUGACGCAACUGUCUGCCCAGCCGCACAUUCCCAACAUCAGCGGCUCGAGAGACGACCUCGUGUCAAGCUCUUCAACGGACAGCAGGAGGACCAGCACUGCUCUGGAGAAAGACCACAGCCUGCCCGUCCUAAACGGCCAUGUCGUGAGAAGGGAAGACUCCAGAGGAUCUCUGUUUAUAGAUCCUGGGACGCCAGAUAGCAUUGACCUGCAGAGACGAGGCUCUACCAUGAGCAGCAGUCCCGGGCCACCCAAGAGCAGACUUGGCAUUUACGAGAUCAAGGGCCUCCUGCUCACCUUUUUACACGUAGCCAAAACCUUGUCAGAAGACACUCUCAUGGCCUACUGGAACAAACUUAACCCUCAAGACGUUAUGAAUUUUCUCAGUUUGCUUGAGAUCUGUCUGGUUCAGUUUCGCUACAUCGGCAAAAGGAACAUCAGCAGGAGUCAGGAGGCGUGCGCGUCCAAGUUGUUCUCUCCUGACAGAAAGUCGCAAACAAUGCCGGCCAUACGCUGCAACCGAGCCAGCGUCAUCCAGAACAAAAUAAACCAGUUUGGCACCAUGGAGGCCUCGCUCACGCUCAACAUAGGGACGGGGGCCUCCGAAGCGGAAAUCCAUCACCAGGCUCUGCUUGAGGGCAAUAUUUCCACCGAGGUCUGCUUGAGUGUCCUGGAUGUUCUUUCGUUUUUCAUCCAGUGCUUCAAGACCCAGCUGACAGACAGCGACGGCCACAACGCUCUGAUGAGGAAGGUGUUUGACGUUUACCUGACCUUCCUCAAAGUGGGCCAAUCGGAAGCCGCCCUCAAGCACGUGUUUGCUGCGCUGCGAGCCUUCAUGAACAAGUUCCCCUCGGUGCUGUUCAAAGGUCGCGUGACCCUUUGCGAGCUUCUGUGCUGCGAGGUGCUCAAAUGCUGCGUUUCCAAGAUGGCCUCGCUGAGGGCCGAAGCCUCGGGGCUGCUUUAUCUGCUUAUGAGGAACAACUACGAGUACACCAAGAGGAAGACCUUCCUGCGCACGCAUCUGCAGAUCAUCAUCGCGGUGAGCCAGCUGAUCUCCGACGUGGCGCUCAGCGGCAGCUCGCGUUUCCAGGAGUCGCUCUCCAUCAUCAACAAUUUUGCUAACAGCGACAAGGCCAUGAAGUCCACAGGGUUCCCCUCCGAAGUCAAAGGUCUAACCAAGCGCAUCCGUACGGUGCUGAUGGCCACGGCCCAGAUGAGGGAGCACGAGAAAGACCCGGAAAUGUUGCUGGAUCUGCAGUACAGCCUGGCCCGCUCCUACGCCAGCACCCCCGAGUUGAGGCGGACCUGGCUGGACAGCAUGGCCCGCGCGCACCUGAAGAAUAACGAUCUCUCCGAGGCGGCCAUGUGCCACAUUCACGUGGCGGCGCUGAUUGCCGAGUACCUGCACAGAAAAAAGUUGUUCGCCAGCGGCCUCGCCGCAUUUAAGAAGGUGACGUUUAAUAUUGAGGAGGAAGCCGCCAUGAAGGAAGACACGGGGAUGCAAGACGUCUAUUACACAGAGGAAGUCCUGGUGGAGCAUCUGGAGGUUUGCGUGGAGGCUCUGUGGAAGGCCGAGCGCUAUGAGCUGAUCACGCACAUCGCCAAACUGGCCAUCCCCGUCUACGAGAAGCGCCACGACUACGAGAAACUGAGCCGACUGUACAACACACUGCACAGAGCCUACAACAAGGUCAUGGAGGUCAUCCAAUCAGGUCGCAGGCUGCUCGGGACCUACUUUAGAGUUGCCUUCUAUGGACAGGGCUUUUUCGAGGAGGAGGACGGCAAGGAGUACGUCUACAAAGAGCCCAAACUCACCGGGCUUUCCGAAAUCUCCCAGCGACUUCUGACGCUCUACGGGGAAAAAUUUGGGCCGGAAAAUGUCAAGAUCAUUCAAGACUCCAACAAGGUGAACCCCAAAGAUCUGGACCCCAAGUUCGCCUACGUGCAGGUGACCUUUGUCAAGCCCUACUUUGAGGAGAAGGAGGCGCCGGAGAAGAAGACGGAUUUUGAGAAGUGCCACAACAUCAAUCGCUUCGUUUUUGAGACGCCGUACACGCUGUCGGGCAAGAAGCACGGCGGCGUGGAGGAGCAGUGCAAGAGGAAAACCGUUCUCACAACCGUCAACACCUUCCCGUACGUAAAGAAGCGCGUGGAGGUGAUCGGCGAGAAGCAGGUGGACCUGCGGCCGGUGGACGUGGCCAUCGACGAGAUGAGGUCGCGCACGGCCGAGCUGCGCAAGCUGUGUUCCGGUGCCGAAGUGGACAUGAUCCAACUACAGCUCAAAUUGCAGGGCUGCGUCUCCGUGCAGGUGAACGCCGGCCCCAUGGCCUACGCCCGAGCCUUUCUGGAUGACAGCAAGCCCAACCAGUCUGGCAAGAAAGUGAAAGAGCUCAAAGACAUUUUCAGGCGUUUUGUGGAAGCCUGCAGCAUGGCUUUGGAUAUCAAUGAGCGUCUCAUCAAAGAAGACCAGUUUGAGUACCACGAGGGUCUCAAGGCCAAUUUCAAAGACAUGGUGAAGGAGCUCUCUGACAUCAUCCACGAGCAGAUCUACCAGGAGGGCAUGAUGCGCUCGCUUCUGCAGAACUCCCUCAACGUGUUCCGCGCCAUCAGCGGCACCUCGGCUGACGCGCUCGAUUAAAAACAAUACUAGGACGCAAGGCUGCACCUUGGCCGGAUGCAAGCCGUGACUGAAUGUAAAGCAGCAUGUCGAGUUGGAGUCAUGCUCAGAUGCACUGCUUUGUUUUUCCCCUUCUUUUCAAAUGACGCCACGUUACAGGACUGCCUUGUGUGCCGUUCAGAUCUAUGCAGGACACCAUUUUGCUUCACAUUGACAAAGCUGCAAACACGCCUGGACUGCUAUUCAACAAUUUAUCUGCCAGUCACGUAAACACACGGGUCAUGUUUAAAGAGUGUCUCAAGUUGCUCGUGCAAGACUGGGCUCGUGGGAGAGUUACAGGGGAGCUUGUAUUUUAUGCUAUUCUUAAAACGGUAUUUCACAAGUGCUACACUGAAAAAUAGCCAUCAAGAUGUACAUAAAUUGGUCAUCACUAUUUCAUUCUGUGUUUGUGCUUGUAUUUAUAUUUCUCACAUAUUGAUUGGACUUUGGAGACCAAGUGUGGUCAUUGCCUUAUUUUUAACGCAUUGUAUACAGUAGCGAGCUGCUUGUCACGUGUGUUCCUGUACAGGCUUCCCCUCCCCAUUAAAGCGAAUCAAACAAAA